GCCGCUGCGGCGCCAUCUUGGCAAAGGGCGGAACUUUUCUUGCGCAGCGCAGGCGAGAGAAGUUGUUACACCUGGCAACGGGCAGCGGGGCCCGGUGCGGCUGCGCGGCCGGCCGUGGGAUGAGUCGCCUGCUGCCUUGCGUGACGCUGGCACUGAUGGGACUGCUGUUCUCCAGAAGCAUGGCCUGGACCUCCAGCGGGAAGACGCACCCCGAGCUGGUCAACAACCUCUACAAGAAAGGAAUCAUUAAAUCCCAGCGAGUCUUCGAUGUGUUGCUGGCUACUGACAGAGGUCACUACAUCAAGUAUUUCCCGUACAUGGAUUCCCCCCAGUCGAUUGGAUACAAGGCUACAAUCAGUGCGCCACAUAUGCAUGCCCAUGCUCUGGAACUGCUGAAGGAUCAGCUGGUGGAAGGUGCAAAAGCACUGGAUGUUGGAUCUGGAAGUGGUUAUCUUACAGCUUGCUUUGCCAGGAUGGUGGGCCCAACAGGGAAAGCUGUGGGCGUAGAACACAUCAAAGAGCUGGUAAAUGAAUCCAUCAGAAACGUCAAAGAAGAUGAUCCAACUUUGCUCAGCUCUGGCCGUGUAAAACUCGUGGUUGGAGAUGGCAGGCAGGGGUACCCUGAAGAGGCUCCUUACGAUGCCAUCCACGUUGGAGCAGCAGCACCAACAGUACCACAGGAGUUGCUGAAUGAACUGAAGCCAGGAGGACGGCUGAUACUGCCCGUCGGUCCUGAAGGUGCAAACCAAGUUCUGAUGCAAUACGACAAAACCAGCGAUGGGCAGAUAAUUGAAACCCAACUGAUGGGUGUGAUCUACGUUCCUCUGACAGAUAAGGAAAAGCAGUGGCCUCGGUAAACAUUUCUUCUCCCUUGAGCAGCGUUUCUCCUCCCAGCUCUCCUUGUGGGCUUGUUCUCCUUGACUGCUGGCUUUGCUGAGAGAUCCUGGAUUCCUGGCAGAUGCUGUUUGUAAAAGUCAGAAGAAAGAGGCUUGGCUAGGAAGGCACAGCAGGAGAGUAGAAUGCAUUUUCUAUUAGAUAGGGAUUGCAGACUGAUUGCAGACUGAAGACUUGAACCCUGUUGAAUUCUGUCACUGAACUGAAGGCAAAUGCGUGGCAGUAACUGUUGUUUUCUUUGCCUCAGGGAUGAAUUUUGACAGAUGGAAGGAUAUCUCUAAAGUCACCUCAGAAUGUUCAUGAGUGGGACUUGUGGCUGUAGAUGGUCUGUGCGGUUUUGCUUUUUGAGUGGAAGCUGUGUCAGUGGAUGCACUUAGUGCUGCUUUAACGAGCUUGUUAUGGAGGAAUGGAGAAAAAAGAUGUUUCUCCAGCAGAUGCUGUUGGAGGCAGUGUCUGGUUCCAGUGAUUUGAUCCAGAUAAUUCCAGAUAUGCACUCUGUUAAGCUACAAAUAACAUCUAUUCACAGAGAAUUCCAAGAGCAUACAGGCAUACUUAAAACUUCACUAAAAAUACUCUUUAAUAUUGGCUGCUCUGCCUCAUGCUUGGAAAAAAAAAUAAGACAAUGCAAUGACCUACCCUCAUUUGUCCAAGUUUAAUUACAAGAGAGUGUCGUCUUCCUGUUCUUCAUCAACUUACUUAAAGCUGCGGUAGCAACACUACAAAUUUUGGGUUGAGAAAAUCCUGUUCUGUUGGUA